GUGCUGGACAGCCGGACCGGCACCGGGCAUGGGGGAGCAGGACGGACCGGGGGUCGGGCUCUCCCGAUUAUUACUGCUCGGGCUGCUGCUGGCCGUGCUCGCUGUGGGGGUAACAGGUCAGGAAAGUCUGGAACCCCCUUCAAAUAUUUGGAUCACUAAAACUGGCAACAACUUUAAUAUGGCUUGGGACUGGAGCAGUUUCAGAAAUGAGGAUGGAUCUGAUGUGACCUUCUCUGUCUUUUCCCUAAAGUUUGGUAGACUCCCAGGCAUACAGUGGAGAAAUGUUCCUGGAUGCCUUCACAUUAAGGUGCAACGUUGCGACAUCAAUUUGAAUCCACUCUUGAAUUAUAGCGUGCGUGUCCGAUCUGAAAUUGCUGGAAAACAUUCUGCAUGGUCGAGCAUAGUGCCGCUUUCACCAAGCUCAAUUGGUAAGCAAGCUGUAUUUGUUUUUAAACCCAUGUUCAUAAUGCGAUUCUCGUGCUAUUCUCCAUUUGCUGUAUCUGUGACAUUAAUUCAUGGAAGGGUAAUGGUCACCGUGUCCGAUCCAUCAAGUGUCUACAAAUCACUGGCUGACAAUGAGGACAUCAUUUUUAACCUGAGCAUCUGGAAAAUGAAUUCCAAAGAAGUGAAGACUCAUACGUUUUCUUAUCCUGAAUUUGAAGUUAAGGAUCUUGCUCCUAGCACUCCCUAUUGUUUGAAAGUACUGUUGAUUGACACCCAGCGAAGUACAUCUGGAACUUUCAGCCAUGAGAAAUGUUUUGAAACCGAAAAAUCACAAAUUGUUAUGUUGAGAAUGCAGGCAUUGGACACAAACUUCACAUUAAAAUGGGACUACAAUUGCAAAGAGGAUCCAAAUGUCACUUUUUCAGUACUAAUCAGGCGUUUAGACACCUGGUCUGUAUAUGAAGGAUGUGCAAAUAUAUCCCAGAUGGAAUGUCAGUUAUUGGGCUUAAGCAUGCAUGGAACCUAUGACUUCCGCGUAUCAGUAGAUGAUGGCAAAGGAAAUCGGAAUUUAUCCAAUACCUUGACAUUUAAACCCUUAGAUCACACUGUGAUUGGUCCCCCAACUCGUUUGAAGCUGAACUUGUCAAAUUACACUCUUAAAAUGAUGGCAUCUGAUCCAGAAGGAUUUAGUAAAGAAGAGCUUCGUGUGGCAUGUAAGCCAUCCUACCACGCUGUACUGUGGAAAAAAUCAUCAGACACACAGAAAGAAAAUUUUAAAGAAGAAAUGCCAUUUUUUACAGUGGAAAACUUGGAACCAUCGACCAUCUAUUGUGUUACAAUGCGAGUUGUUUGUUUCUAUGACAAUAGAACAGGCUUGUUCAGUGAGCCCCACUGUAUUACAACAGACCCUGAUUACUUGGCUUUUUGGAAAACGUGGGGAAUAUUGUUUAUCCUCCUGGGAUUAAUAAUCAUUUCAGUCUUAGUUUACGUCUGUAUUUGCCCUUUCCAAAGAUACAUUAAGUAUACAUUCUACCCUUCAGGCAAACUUCCUUUGUGUAUUGGAAAGGAUAUCCCUGACUCGCCAUUCAACACAACGAACAAUGUUUUAUUAUUGCAUGAAGAAGAGAUAACAGACAUAUGCUUCAUAACUGCACAAGAAGAAGAGGUCGAAGAGUUUGACAAAUAUGAAAAGAUAUCUGAUGAGAGCUGUAGAGAUUCGGGAAACUAUUCGAAUGAGGAAGGAAACCACUGGAAACCAGAUCUGUGCACUAGCUGAACUCUGCUCUACAAAUAUUAUCCUGCACACCAUUACAGUUCAUAACUGACUGUAGAGAACCUGUUUUGCAUCCCUUUGAGGAUGAAUGACUUGCCACACUUGAUCUGGAGAGGGAUUGACAUAACCUCUAAUACCUAAGGAGGGAAGCAUUUUGUUUAUGUAUAUUUGGACUAGUCUCAGACGAGACUCUUCCACUGUCCUUGUAAAAAGACCAGCAGUGCUUGUUUUAACCUUGUGACUGCCUGGAGCAGUGUGAAAAACAUCCUGCUGUGAGACUGCUUCAAACACCACUAGGUGAAUGUUACCUGACAUCUUCUGAAUGCACCUAGAUGCAUACGGUGUCUGUUUUAGAGGGUUUGACUGGAGUGACUUUUUAAGUGGCAUUAUCACUCACUGGUGGUUAUUCAUGCACUUACCUUAUUUAUUUUUUCAACCAAAGUGUUUUGGUUUUUUUUGG